AUGAUCGACAAAGACAUUCCUCCAAAUAAAUACAGCGAAUUACGAAGUAUCUAUAAGCACUACAUUGAUUCAUAUAUUGCUUUAUAUCAGCUGAAAACGGACAAAGAAGAAGAAUUAAAAGACAUUUACAAAAUGAUCAAAACAGAAUUGAUUGAUUCAAAGAAAUAUCUCUCUGUGGAUGUUAUUUGGAAAAUUUUAAAUAUCAUUCCGUAUAAUAAUCGCUAUACAAAGUCAUAUUUAUCUCUUAUCAAAUUCAUAUCUGAUGAUUAUCAUGUGGAAGAUGUCAGGAGUGUUAUACCUAUUUUUAACUUCCUAUUUUACAAAGAAUAUGGAAUUAAAUUAGACAAAUCCUAUGAUUUUGAAAAUUUUAACUCAGAAAAUCUUGGUAUUCAUUCAGAAAAUACAAUUUACAGAGCAAUUGUGUAUAAUGACCUAGAAAGAUUCAUUGCAUUCACAGAAAGAAAUGGUUUUGAUAAAGAUCAAACACUAAAAAGCAAAUUAUAUCCAGAUUCUUUCGAAGGAUAUUCAUUACUUGAAUUAUGUUGUUACCAUUGA